AUGUACCAAAUGAAUGACACGAAAGAACAGAAACAAACUGCUACCAUCAGUCUGUCAACGAUGGAAGAAAAGAUGACGAAGAUUGACACUGUGAUUGGGUCAGCCCUCUUCGGUGCCAACAGACCAAAGGAAACGGGGACGCCGUACACAAGCGCGGGUGGGGGCGAGGUGUACUUCAAUCCCUCCAACCUUCUUGGCUACGUGUGGAACUAUGUUAAGGAUGAACGUGCUCGUGGAGACUCCAGUGGAAUGGGUGUGUCUGGACCGGACCUCCACAUGCGACCUCCGCAGUGGAUGGAAGACAAAAAUGUUUCCAUUGAUGGUACGCCGCUGACGGAGGAAGAACUCAGAGCACCCAACUUUUGGCAGACAAAGUACAAACGCGAGCUCGACAUUGGGGAAGCUAUUCAGGAGGUUAAGCGAACCCGACGGACGGAGGCUACACACGAUAUUGUUGGCUCCAUAUCGUGGCUUGGGCGCAAACUGGGAUGGUCGGAGCCACUGGACGAACAGUACGCUCGUAAAAAGGUGGAGGAGCGUUACCGACUUCUCGGAGGCCAAGAUACCACAGGUUCGGUUGUGGAUGAAGCGACGACGGGACAGAAAAUAGGGGUAGCCACACCAUGGAAGGUUUUGCUUGAGUCCGUAGAGACUGGAAGACCCGUUGCGAAAGUGGCGAAUGAGCGUCGGCUGUGUGUCGACUUUUACGGUGUUGAUCAUUUUUUCGACGCACGACUCCCACUUAUCUGGUUCACCACAAAAUGCGGCAUCGCCGUGGGAAUCAUUCAGGGAUCACUCAAGGCUAUCCAAGCGGUGAACGUCGACGUGCAGUUUCUUAAAGCAUCCGGCGUAGGGAUCCUUUCCAUUCUUAACAUGUCAGUGUUUGCCAGUGUCGUAAAGUGGGGUGGAAAUUGUGCUCUCUUCUCAACGGCGUUUUGCUUUGGGGAUAGUCUUGCAACAUCUUUGAAGUACUUUUUAUUGCCUCCACAUGAUGCACGGCAGCGUAGCAUCCUCAACUACUCUCUCGGGUUUGCCAUGUCUGGCUCCACAGUCGGUAUCUUACCGUGGUGGAUCCUAAGUGACAUGAGCUUGGCCUUUCGGCUCAGUGUUUCCGGUGCUUUCGUGGGUGGCAUACUCGGCCUUGCAGUCGGAACUGUCAUGCGCCGUCUGGUAAUACUCAAUACGACACGGCUGGAGGCAACAAAUCGAGAGCUUCGACGUUAUGAGGCCCUCAUGCGUCGCCAGCGUUGCUGGGUGGAAGAAGAACGGUUAAAGGCAACGAAUCAGAGGCUUGUGUGGUGGUAA